UCUGUACUCUGGUGUCCGCGCGUCGCCGCCAGCCUCCCUCACCGCUGGCCGGUGGCGGCCGAGACCCGUCCGGACCCAUGGUCUCUAAUGCGGCGCGGGGCGGUAGAUGCCAGCGUGCCAGGAGCCAUGUUUGACCAGGACUAUGGGAAGGUUGGACCCACACCGGAGGCGCUUGUGAGGAGAUGAGGUGAUGAACAGAGAAGCUGGGAUGAAGAUGCUGCCAGGAGUGGGCGUGUUUGGGACUGGCAGCUCUGCCCGGGUUCUUGUGCCACUGCUGAGGGCAGAAGGGUUCACUGUCGAGGCCCUGUGGGGUAAGACAGAGGAGGAGGCAAAGCAGCUCGCAGAGGAGAUGAACAUCACCUUCUACACCAGCCGAACUGACGAUGUCUUGCUGCAUCAAGACGUGGAUCUGGUCUGCAUCAACAUCCCCCCUCCACUCACCCGGCAAAUAUCUGUGAAGGCUCUAGGUAUUGGGAAGAAUGUGGUGUGUGAGAAGGCAGCAACCUCAGUGGAUGCCUUCCGGAUGGUGACAGCCUCACGCUACUACCCGCAGCUGAUGAGCCUGGUAGGGAAUGUGCUGCGCUUCCUGCCUGCCUUCGUGCGUAUGAAGCAGUUGAUUGCGGAGCACUACGUGGGUGCAGUGAUGAUCUGCGAUGCCCGCAUCUACUCGGGCAGCCUGCUCAGCCCCAGCUAUGGCUGGAUCUGUGACGAGCUCAUGGGUGGUGGGGGCCUGCACACCAUGGGCACCUACAUUGUGGAUCUGCUGACCCACCUGACUGGCCGGAGAGCUGAGAAGGUGCAUGGGCUGCUGAAGACCUUCGUGAGGCAGAAUGCCGCUAUCCGUGGCAUCCGGCACGUCACCAGCGAUGACUUCUGCUUCUUCCAAAUGCUCAUGGGUGGGGGGGUGUGCAGCACAGUGACGCUCAACUUCAACAUGCCAGGUGCCUUUGUGCACGAAGUCAUGGUGGUGGGCUCUGCGGGACGCCUUGUCGCUCGGGGGGCUGACCUGUAUGGGCAGAAGAACUCUGCCACACAAGAGGAGCUGCUACUGAGGGACUCAUUGGCCGUGGGUGCGGGGCUGCCCGAGCAGGGGCCACAAGAUGUCCCGCUGCUCUACCUGAAGGGCAUGGUGUACAUGGUGCAGGCCCUGCGCCAGUCCUUCCAGGGGCAGGGUGACCGCCGCACCUGGGACCACUCCCCUGUUGCCAUGGCCGCCUCAUUCGAGGACGGGUUGUAUAUGCAGAGUGUGGUGGAUGCUAUCAAACGGUCAAGUCGAUCCGGGGAGUGGGAGGCUGUGGAGGUGCUGACAGAGGAGCCCGACGCCAACCAGAACCUGUGUGAGGUGCUCCAGCGGAAUAACCUGUAAGCCUGCAUAUGGGCUCCCUGCCAUGGGGCAUGGGGACCAAGAGCCGUGGCAGGAGAGCGUUGCCAUAGCAGAGAUGGUGGCUUUUGUUUAACAAGUCUGCCUGCGUCAGGUCUGGGUGAAGCCUAAGGUGAUUCUUGGCACACACCCUCUCCAUCCCCUUAUUUAUCCCUCAGACUGGCAGGCCAGGGAAUGUUCUGUUGACCUGGGGCAGUACAGUGCGUGCAGGUGGUGCGGCCGCCAGGUCUCUGAAUAGUUACACUGGGGAGUAGGGCCCGCAAAAGCUUGACUUGUGGGCUUCUCCAGCCUGAUUUGUGGCCCUACGGGGGUAAGAAAGCACAUCCGACAGCCAGCUUGGCUGAUCCUUCAGCCUGAGGAGAAAGGACAAGAAGCCUUGUUUCCAUGCCCUUUCUGGGCUGGGGCAUCUCAGGAAUGGUGAGGGCAGGGUGUCACCCCUUGGGGAUCCUCCCCUUCCUUCGCGACCAGGCCCUUCAGGCCUCCAGGCUGCCCCUUCCCUGGAGGGGAGGAGGGGAUUUCUUAAUUAGGUAAGCUCUCAGGGGCUAUUUAAGUGACCCUGAUUUGGCAGAGAGGAAACA